ACUGACACGAACCCUAACCCUAAAUGGAAACAUAUUUAAUUUUCAGCGAGCUAGGGAUUGUCAGUUUUUGUCCUUUCAAAAUAGAGGACGGAGGGACAUACAUAGCUACUGUUUACCAUUAGUGAGUGUGGGGCUGCUGUGUCUCCAGUGAGCUAGCGCUGCAGCGCUGGCAUUUGUAAUUCGACUAUGAAUGGCAAAAAGCUCCAGAAUUAUUUAAAGAACAAGGGUGACCCAAAAACUAUUUCUUGUGCCCUUAAGAAGCCACAUCAUUUUGUUGUUUUACUCUACUAAUAGCUAGAGGCUAACGUUGAGCUAACAAUGCUAACAGUGAUUUAGAAGCAAAUAGUUGGCUCUAAAAAUAUCUCAAGCUACAUUUCUAAACCAACAACUCUAAAUUACAGUGAAAUGUGUGUGUGAAGUAAAUAAUGAGACAAUUGUGAUGCUUUACUUCCUUUAAUGAGUCGUUCAGAACUUUAACAGCAAGCUAACAGCAACACUGUAAAAGCAACACUUCCUCUACACCAGAGGCAUAUUAUCGUAGUAAGUGCUCCCUACCAUAAAACACUGAAGAGUGAACAUCAUAUGUAACAAAUGUGCAUUUAUCUACUUAUCAACUUACUGUGCAUGACUCGUCUUUGCUUGUUAUCUAGAAUCUUCUGGUGCUGAUCCGUAACUGGCAACAACCAUGAAACUCAGGAGCGAGAUUGUGAUUGCAGGAACCAAAUUUGACUACAGGAUGUUUUACAGGUCACGUGACGAUUCAAGUGAUGAAUUAGUUACGGAUUGAAAAUUAAUUUAGCUGCUUCAGAUUCAGAUGUCAAGACAUUUUUAUUCAAGGUUUCCCAACAUGUUCAAAGUCUGCUAUCACAGAGGGGUUUCGUUAUCUCAUUUGGGAUCCUUCAGUUUCACCCAAAACCCAAACAUCCGUUCAGAUUUGUCCAUCUUUGAGUUGUUGUGUGUCACGCUCACUAACCUCGCUGACACCCGACAAAAACACAGCAAAGCCUUCGUCAGCACACUGCGUCAUUUACUGCCUUCGUGUUUUGUAGAGGGAUGUGUUUUUGUUGAAGCGCCAAAGGCCCAUUGGAGGACACCAGAGAUAACAAGUGCAUUUGUGAUUGAGUAAUGUCUCAAGAGAGGAAAUCCUAAGGACAGGAAGGAAAUGAACUUCAGUCUCACAAAAAGGUCAACCAGCUUCUACACUGCUUUGUCCGAGUCUUAUUGUUGGUGCCUAAUUAUUUUUUUCUCAAUCACACGUUUAAUUCGAGGACUUGUGUCUGCAUUUCCUCACACCUCUAUCUCUCCUGGAACAUAAGAUGCUCAUGUUCUGACCUGUGCUCUAUACUUCCUCCUUCCUUUUCCUUUUCUCUCCGGCUAUGACCGAGUCCACACACCCCAGAGAACACUCAUCUCUAUUUAACCGAGUGAAAUCCGGCCGCGCUGGUUCCUCCUCGGCAUAUUCUCCGCUCUCAGCAUGAACAUCAUCUGGCUUUGCAUCACGUCAGUGUUGUGUUUUACUUCAGUUUUUUCUGAUCAGAACACACGCCACAUCAGAGUUUUCCCAGCAGAGAACCAGAGCAUAGCUGGAGUGGUCCAGGUGAGCUACGCGGACAGCCGUAACCAGCUCCAGUAUGCCUUCAAUGCCUCUGAAGCCCGGAAGUUCUGCAGGUCCCUCAGACUGAGCAUCGCCUCCAAAGCACAAGUAGAAGCAGCUCUGAGGAGAGGUUUGGAAACGUGCAGGUUUGGAUGGAUUGAUGAACAUUUUGUAGUCAUUCCUCGGAAAAUGGCUCUUCCUAACUGUGGAAGAAACCGGACUGGGCUGGUGCCAUGGAGAGUCACGGUCACAGCAAAGUUUGAUGUGUUCUGCUUUAAUGAAUCAGAUGCAGCAGAACAAAUGACGGACACAUCAACCCAAAGCAGCGAGUUUUACUCAGAAAGCACUCAACCUUCUUCUGUGGUUUUAAACUCCACCCUGACUACAUCCUCAACACAUUCCACCUCCCCUUCCUGUCAUCCUCCUCCUUCUUCUUCUUUAUCAACUCCUAUAACUACGAACAAUGAGGUUGAAGCCGCCCGAUCUGUUGGCAACACACACGGAUCAACAGGAGCAAAAGCUGUGCUCAUCUCCUGCACCUGCGGUCUUCUGAUCUCCGCAGCUGUUCUUGCUUACAUGAAACUGAGAAGACGUUGCUCCGACAAGAAGCAGCAGAAAGACUACAUCCAGACAGAAGAGUGGAUGUGCGUGAAAAACAUAACAGAAACUAAGACAGCUGUUCAGGAAGAUUAGGUAAUAGAAGUGGGAGACGGGUCAAAACAAGGUUUUUUUCUAUGAAAACAAAACUUUUUUUUUCUCUCCCUCUCUUGUUUGAACAAGAAUUUGUGCCUUGAUUUAUGUUUAAAACCAUACUAUGCAACUUUUUCAUAUGUUUGAACUGUUUUCUUGAGCCAAAAUGUGCUAAAAAGACCCUUCACUUAGUUAAUGAAAUGUCACUCAGACCCCCACCGCCCUCUGUGACCAGAAUGCCGCACUUGCAAAUUCAGAGUGAUGGGCUGCCACCUGUUGGAGUGAGCUGACAUAGCUGGCGCUGCAGUCCUGCAUACAUUUCCUGCAUGUUUUAGAUCAUGAACAGCUGAUUUGUUUAAUUUAGUGAUAUAUCACUCCUGUAGACACUAAUAAAGUCCAGGGAGAUGUUUUAACUGUUAGAUUAAGGUGUUAAAAAGCAAAAGCACAGCAUUAUAACGGACACUAGGGGGUGCUAAAAGCAAGCAAAACUGCUUAGUAUUCCUUUAAGUAAUGGGAUUAAUUUUAUUUUGUGUAUUUGUUCUUCAUCUUUUGCAUCAUUUAAUGAAAAUGUUUCAGAUCUAAUAUUUAGGUUCCUCAUAUAAAAAGAUAAGCUUUUGUGCUACAUUAGGUUGUUUUUUUUAAAUCUCGUAAUCCAUGCUGAAUCUUUAAAAUAAAAAAUGAAACUUUCAGAUAUCACACAUCUAUGUUCCAGCUAUAAAGCGUUCUUUUUUUCUGUAAAACAACUGAAAUGUGUGUUUUUUCAAUGGCAAAAACAAGAUCUGACAAGUUUAUUCCACGCCUUUGUAAAUUGAAUCGUAAAGUAUGUGUCUUCUUUAUCACUCUGUGAUGGUUCAUCUUUGUUUUUCUAACAGAAAAUAUUUGGUGUAUGUUUAGUUUACCAUUAAAUGCAGCAGGGGCAUCUUUCAUAAUAAAGUCAGCUGAUCAUCCA